UCGCCACCGCGUGGACGGGGGCAGCACCGGAGCGGGCGGCAGCAGCAGCAGCAGUACGGGCGGUAUCCGUACUGACUCGAGUGUGCGUGUGCCUGGCAGCCGUAAGGUCCUGUUUACAGUAUAUCCGGUUGGCGCGAGAGUUUCACAGACGGGUCACCGUACUCCGCGGUGCUCGGACCCCAGAAACAGCGCUACCCGAUCGAGCCAUCAUGUCCGACGCCGGUCAGGAUCCCAAGCCCGAAGGUUCGGAUUGCGAGUACAUCAAGCUCAAGGUGGUAGGCCAAGAUGGCAACGAGAUACAUUUCAAGGUCAAGAUGACCACGCAGAUGGGAAAGUUGAAGAAGAGCUACAGUGAGAGAGUGGCCAUGCAAGUGUCAUCCCUUCGCUUCCUGUUCGAUGGCAAGCGCAUCAACGAUGAUGAAACCCCUAAGCAAUUGGAAAUGGUGAAUGAUGACGUCAUCGAAGUUUACCAGGAGCAGACAGGCGGCCUACGGAUAGCACCAGCUAGCCUCCGGCCAUCAUCCUGAAUCAGCUUCCCCCCCCCUCCACCGAUGCACCAGUGCGCGCGCAUACACACACACUCGUCAAACAUUAUCAUCUAAUAAACCUGCCUCACAUUCAGUCACU